AUGGUAUCAUCACGACAAUUCACAGCCGUGCUGGUCCUGGCUGGGCGAGCGCUGGCGGGGAACUUCACUAUCUCCAAUGGGCAGAUCUUUACACCUGGUUUUGUAGUACUAGAUGCCCCUCAGCCAAAUACGCCCCUUGGAGGAGAUACACUGCAUGUCGCUAUAGAUGUAACCGCCAACGGGAAGCUGCCGCUGCCGCCUCACGAUGAUGACGACAGCAAUCAGAUCUUUAGUAUCGAGAUGUUUCUCUACAGUUACGACACUAGACGCAACUUUACUAUUUCCAACGGAACGGCGACCGCUAACAACGCGAGUCUCGGAGAGAUCAUGGCGCAAGAACCUGGCAGCACAGUGAAGCAUGUCAACUGGGUCUGGCCAGAUUGUCUCGUUGGGGACGGAGAACCAGACAAGGACAGCGAUCGCGGUGUCUACAAUAUUUCCAUCAGGCAAAACUUUCGACUCAACGGUGAUGACUACUAUACCAUCUUUGACGUUCCAAUCUCUGUUACCAAUUCCAUCCCGGAAGACGACGACCGUCCGUCCUGCGAUGAGCUAUCGAAUGAGCUGCUCUCACCGGAAGAGAUCGACGUGGAGACUGCUAACGAAGUGGGUGUCUUGUUUGCGCCAGGAGAUGCAACCGAGCUUGAUGCAAGCGACAAGGACUCAAAAGGGCCUGUUUAUGAGCCGAAUAUGGUGGCAUAUGCUGGAUUUGUGAGCUUGUUCCUGGUUGUGUUUUUCUAA